AUGCUCAGCGCGUUUGCCAUUGGCUUCACACACCCACGCUCACUUGCUCGCCCUGGGGCCUUUAUCAUCGCUUCUCUUUGCACCUGGCAGAUCAUCUCGAAAUCGCUUCUCUGCCUAGGACGCAGAUAUUGGGCCACCACAGUCGCCGGGUAUACCAUUCAGCUGCUAGUCCAUUACAUGGAUGUGGCUUUGAUCGGGCAAUGGCGUUUUCCAAGAAGUAAGGAUAAACAGACUGUCUCCUCUUCUACAGUCAUUGCAACUCUCCGCGAAUGGAAGAAGAAGCUCGCUUUCGGGCUGUCUAUGAGCCUCACAUCUCGUUUCAUUGGGACCCCCGAACAGCUCAGUCACCUGCCUCCUUUCUUUUCUUGGAUGCCACAUUACGUCCCAUCUCGCGGGGUGUUUCUUUCCAUGACGGCUCUCACAGUCGUGGCUUGCUAUGCUGGAAUUGACUUGAUUCAGGCUAACGUUGCUUCCGUUGUUGGUGAUGAAUACGUCUCAUUGGAGACUAUCCCGAUUUUACGACGUUUCCUAGAGAUCUCGUUGGGGGAGAUUGUCACCAGGGCUGUGGUGUCCAUCAGCACUCUGAUCUGCAUGAUCUGCACUCAAGGGGGACUCUACAACAUCUGUGCUUUCUUCGGUGUUCUCUUUCGAAUGACUGAGCCUGCAGACUGGCCUCCCUUCUACGGAGCGCCGUACCAAGCGUACACAAUGCGGAGGUACUGGAGCCAAGCAUGGCACCAGUCAAACACCCACAAGUUCAAGACGAUUUCGGACUACGUCGCCCAUGACGUUCUCCGUCUCCCCCGCGGUACUUCGAAGGCACGGUAUGUGAAGAACGUAAUAGGAUUUCUCGUCUCAGGAUUGAUGCAUAUCGCCCUGGACAUGGCCACGGACAUCUCGGUCUACCAGUCGGGCGGUCUGGCUUUCUUCUGCGGACAGAUGGUGGGCAUUCCUUUGGAAGACUUGGUGAUUCGCCUGUAUAUUCGUGUGACGAAAAGGAUCGGUCGACGACUUUCCUUGGACGGUAGAGAGAUUGAUGGGAUAUGCGUGGGUGGUUGCGUUUCUGGUAUGGUCGAGUCCAGCCUAUGUGUACCCGAAGAUCGUGAAGUCCCGUGA